AUGCGUGUUCGUGGACGUGGCAGUGACGUCGCCAAUACCGGAAGUGGUCAGAACUGGAAGCGAAACACCGUCCUCGUACCAUCAAUAAGCCGGGAAUACUGGAAAUAAAAGACGGAAUGGCACAUUAACCAUGAUGUGUGGAGACAUUCGAGAACAUUCCCUUCUGUCACACUCUACUAACAUCUGAAGUGUUUGCUUUGCCCUCAUCAACACCAGCAGCGGAUCACUUUGAAGUCACUGUCGCUCAAAUACACCCCGAUAUUGUUGAGGGCAAGAGGUUCUGCGGCUUUACCAUGACCUGUCGAGACCGUACACUUGAGUUUCAGUCGGCUUGUAAGUCACUGCAAGGGAGACAGUUACAGAAUGGGACUCACGCUAAACCUGUCAUUAAUGCCCUUAAGCAGCGAAGUGACUUCACUCUUAUGGCCAAGAGAAUUGGGAAGGACUUGAGCAAUACUUUUGCCAAGCUGGAAAAGCUCACGAUUUUGGCCAAAAGGAAGUCGUUGUUUAAUGAUAAAGGAGUGGAGAUCGAAGAGUUAACGUACAUCAUUAAACAGGACAUCAACAGUCUGAAUAAGCAGAUAGCACAGCUGCAAGACUUUGUGCGAUCCCGCAGCGGCCAAAAUGGCCGCCACAUCCAGACACAUUCCAACACAAUUGUUGUCUCGCUGCAGUCGAAGCUGGCAUCCAUGUCCAACGAUUUCAAAUCCGUCUUGGAAGUGCGAACGGAGAAUCUGAAGCAACAGCGGAGCAGAAGAGAGCAGUUCUCACAGGCUCCUGUCUCAGCCUCACCUCUGGUCACCAAUAACUUCAACAGUUCGGUUCUGAUGCAGGAUGAGUCGAGGAGUCUGGGAGGAGAGGUGGCCAUCGACAUGGACUCCAGAGCAAACCCUCUACAGCUACAGCUUAUAGAUGAACAGGACUCGUACAUUCAGAGCCGAACAGACACGAUGCAGAACAUCGAGAGCACCAUCGUGGAACUGGGUUCUAUUUUUCAGCAGCUGGCACACAUGGUCAAAGAGCAGGAGGAGACGGUCCAGAGGAUUGACGGCAAUGUGGAAGACACCCAGCUAAAUGUUGAAAUGGCCCACACCGAGAUCCUCAAAUACUUCCAGUCUGUCUCCUCCAACCGCUGGCUUUUGAUCAAGAUAUUCCUCGUUCUCAUCGUGUUCUUCAUCAUCUUUGUGGUCUUCCUCGCUUGAUAGGGAACGACUGUGAGAGAGGAGUGAUGAAGAUGAAGCCCAAAGGGUUGAAGGAGGGCUAAGCGGGGGCACGGACUCAUGGGCGAAUGUGCAAAAACACGGAAGAACCGGACUGUGGGGGGUGGAUUUUGAUGCUCAUUGGUUAAAUGAUUUUAGUCUGAGUGACUUAAGUCAGUUCAGUUGUAAUUUCUGUCACUUCUCAGAUUCGAUUCUCUCACUAUAGAGAGAUCAUGAUUGAGGCGAAACUGAGAUUUAUUGUCUAUUUAGGGAGUGGAUGGUGUUCUGAUCUACAUCUGCAUUCAUAUUUGAGCCUACAUUUUCUAUAAUAGUCAUUUAUUAAAAGAGAAGGCUUUUCUCCCUUAAUGGUUUGAUUUUUCAAACUGGUUUAGUUAUAUUUUUCUGACAGUGUUAUCCAUAAUCAGCGAUAACAUUUUUACAAUAAAUUAUAUUUGAUUCCGAUAAACCUGAUAAAAAUACCACAAUAAUCUCUAUUCAUUAGUUUUCAUAUGAAGGCAAACUCUUUAUUGCUUUUCUUUUGAAAUGUUCUGUCAUAAUUUCACCCCAACAUCUGAAGUUAAGAAUAUAUUUCUCAUUAAGACAAUGAAACUCUUUUUUUCAUGAUUUGAAUUUGAUGAAAAAUUAAGCAUUUUCCUUCCCUUAUGUUUUGCAUUUGUACUUGUAAAAUGGCCAUUAUAAUUGAAUUAAUUGUGUUACUGUUAUUUGAGUUUUCUCUUUUACAAUUGCUUCACUUUUUGAUAAUUGUCUUUAUGCCAAAUAUAUUUAUUCUUUUGUGGGGUUGAAAUAUAUCAAACAGACAUUUCUUGAGAUUUGUCAUUACUCUCAUAGUGUUAUUAAGGGCCCUGUAAAUAUAGGGCCCAAAAUAUUAUAAGUUGUUUGAAAUGUUCACUUGCUUUUCUUUUUUUAUCUGAGUUUGAUUCUGCCAAAUACUAGAGGAGUAGAAGAAACUGUCUGGUCUUAUGAUUUUUGCCUUGUUUUAUGCAGGAAUAAAUGAGGUGCAAAUGAAGACGAGAGGUUUUUAUAUAGGCGCUUACUGUACUAGAGAGUUACUGUACUAAGAUUAAAAUGCAGUUUAAUGGGCCAAACGAAAAUCCAGAUGAUUCUACAAAUCCAGAUCAUGGCUGAAAAAUGUGCAUGUGUGUGAAAAACUGGAACCGAACAUCUGCAAAUGGAGAAGACUGGCACUUUGAUAAAUGUUUUCAUCUUUUCUAAGAAGCAACUUUGGCCCACUGAACACUUAAGCCUGGAAGAUCUGCUCCAUCAUACUGUGAAUAAUGAAGGAGAAAAGCUAGUUGAGAUGUGAUUCCUUUGGAUGGAAGCAGCAUUUUGAAGGUCAAACCCUAACAAGAAAAACAUGGACUCUUUCUGUCUCGCACACACCGCAUGCUCAUGUACAGUGUAUUAUUUAAUGAGCACUUUUUAUGAAAACUGUUUCUGGGCUUUUUUAGCUGAAUGUUCUGCAUCUCUUGUAUAAACUGAACACUGUUGUAAUGCAAAGGACAAACAGUACUGAGUAAAACACAUCUAGGAAACUGA